GUUAUUUCGAAAUGGACCCAGAUACAAUUUAUAAGGCUUUACGCCCUGUGCCAGAGUUCGAUGGCAACCCGAACGUCCUUACGAGGUUCAUUAGAAUAUGCGAUCAGUUAGUUAUAAAUUAUAUUAAGAACGAAGCAGGCGCGGAAUUAAAUAAUUUGUGUCUCUUAAACGGUAUUUUAAAUAAAAUUACUGGUAAUGCUGCUAGAACAAUAAAUUCGAACGGAAUACCCGAGAGUUGGCAGGGUGUCCGUAAUGCCCUUAUCAAUAAUUUCUCAGACCAAAGGGACGAGACAGCACUCUAUAAUGACCUUUCUUUACUUAAAUUUACUAUUAUCAAUAUCAACGAUCAAACCAAAGGACAACCCUUACUGAUAACAGAUAUACCUUACGACUACCAAGUUAACCGCCCCAUGCAAAUGCCACAUAUAAAACUUAAUUCAAUAAAUCUAAAGGGGCUAAAUGACAUCGAAGAUAAGAUCCUAAUGCAGCAACCAAUUAAAAUAGACCAUAUUAACAACCAAUUGUACCACACGACUAUACCAUUCUAUGGAAUACUAUUGAGCGCAGCUAUACUGACUUCUAUAAUUAUUAUAUGGCGUAGUAACCUUUGUACGCGACUGAAAAUUAAGAAUCCCGCAAGUAAAGAUGAAACAUCAACUGAAAAUCGUAUCAACGAGUCUCCUGAAGAAGUAGAGCAUCGGAGCCCGAAGUCAGCAACAUUUUCGCUCCAAGUUCUCAAAUAGUUGCCGAUUUGAGGGCGGAGAUGUUAGAUAAACUGUAACUAUGAAACAUGC